AUGUCCGCAGUCAAUUCCCCCGAAUCUUCGGCUCUCACACGAACAAAACGUCCCAGAAAAAAUUCUUCCACUACUAAAAAGGACUCCUCGAAAGCACUAGAACCCAGGUCCCGGGAGGAGGAAAAGACCGCGCUGAAGCAGUAUGGCCGUGGCGAAAGCAUACCCGUUCGCUCAGUGCGGGACAGGAAAUUACGAGCCAAUCUCAAGAAGAUUGAACACAGAUACAAGGAUGCUGCGCUGAAGGCCAAAGAUGCGGAGUUGCUGCUUGGGGAGGAGCGGGGAUAUGUUGAGGCGGAGGGGAUGGAGAGGACAUAUAAAUUUAAGCAAGCGGAUCUACGGAAGGCGGUGGAUGUUGCGACUGCUCAGAAGGGAUUCGAAUUGAAGCUACCUACGUUCGGCCCGUACUUUAUGGACUACACUCGCAAUGGGCGAUAUCUGCUCCUCGGUGGGACAAAGGGUCAUGUCGCAUCAUUCGACUGGCGGGAAGGAAAGCUGGGUUCGGAAAUGCAAUUGAAAGAAACCGUUCGAGAUGUCAAAUGGCUUCACAACGAGCUCUUCUUCGCAGCAGCCCAAAAAAGGUACACAUACAUCUACGACUCUCAAGGUGUCGAAAUCCACUGCUUGAAAAACCACAUUGAAGUAACCAACAUGGAAUUCCUACCUUACCACUUUCUCCUCGCAACAAUCGGCAAUGCCGGCUGGCUAAAAUACCAAGACACCUCCACAGGAAACCUCAUCAGUGAACACAGAACCCGCCUCGGCAGCCCCACCUCCAUGACACAAAAUCGGCGCAACGCCAUAAUCCAUGUCGGUCACGCAAACGGCAGUGUAACCCUCUGGUCCCCAAACAUGAGCACACCACUAGUGAAAAUGCUCACCCAUCGCGGUCCCGUGCGCGCGAUAGCCAUCGACAGAGGGGGGCAGUACAUGGCAACAGCAGGCGCAGACUCUCGGAUGAACAUCUUCGACAUCCGCACCUUCCGUGAAGUCCACUCCUACUACACCCCGACGCCUGCCUCCACCCUACACAUUUCCGACACGGGCCUACUCAGUGUCGGCUGGGGCCCCCACGUAACGAUAUGGAAAGACGCCCUCAGGACAAAACAAACAAGCCCCUACCUCUCCCACCUACAAGAAGCCUCGCACAUCUCCCGCGUGCGAUUCUGCCCAUAUGACGACAUCCUAGGCGUCGGCCAUCAGAACGGCUUCUCAAACCUCAUCAUCCCCGGUGCCGGCGAACCGAACUUCGACGCGCUCGAAUCGAACCCCUACGAAACCAUCAAGCAACGCAGGGAAAGUGAAGUCUCUGCCCUACUCAACAAACUACAGCCCGAAAUGAUAUCCCUGGAUCCGGACUUUAUCGGGCGCAUCGACAAGGGCAGCAAAGAACUGCGCGAGAAGGAAGCCGCGGAAGAGCAACGGAAGCUAACCGGGAAGCCGAACGUCCUAGUCAAGAAUAAGAUGCGAGGGAAGAAUUCCGCCCUCGGGAAGUACCUUCGCAAGAAGAGUGGGAAGAACGUUAUUGACGAGCGAAGGUUAAAGCUGGAAGAGCUUAAGAAGGAGAGGGCACUCAGGAAUAAGGGGCUGCCGGCUAGCGCGCAGGAGGAGUUUGGACCCGCGUUGGCAAGGUUCGGGAGGAGGCCGGGGAGGUGA